AUGGCCACAGUGUGGCUUGCAACCCUCACCUGGCAGGUGAUGCCAUGGAUAGGCCUAUUGGAGAGGCAGGCAGCACUCUCCUGCAUUGAAUGUGGUGGUGAGGCAUUGGGCAAACUUUCCAAGGCCAUUGUAGAAACAGCCCAAGCUGUUGUUGGGGCGACAGAUGCAGGCAGCACUUAUCAAGGGUUUGGGGCUCUUUGCUCAUUGCUGGGGCAGCUCUCUCACUGCUGGGCUUUGCCAUGGAGGUGGUCCAGCGACAAAAGGACGAUGAUGAGCAAUUCCAACCCACCCUGUCUGUGCCUGCCCAGGUUGCAAAGGUCACAUCGGCGCCAAAAACCAGCACAAAGCUGGGUGCUGCAUGCAGGAUCUGGCAAGGCUCCUCCUGUGAUCGAAUGUGUAGCUCGAAAUCGCGACGAUUUUGAACAACAGAUCGACGAUGAGGAAGUGCAAGGAUGCUACCGCCACUUGGAAGAGUGGACCUGUGGCUGUGUUCAAGGUGGUGAGGCAAUGCAAGGAUGA